GAGUCUCUUUUUGAUGUUAGAAAGAUGACUAACUUCUCUUUGGUUGAUUGUUGCUGGUGACAAAACCAGAGGCUGCAAAAACUGUUACAACGCCGGAGCUCUUUGAUUGCUUCUGUUUUGAGGAUGCCCUUCUGCGUACGUACUUCGGUCUGAUUUUGGUGGAGAACAACUACUGGUUUUCUUUCAGGGAAGAUAAGUAAAUAGCAGGAGUGCUACUCAUCUCUUAAAGCAGUUUGCUUCUCCGUAUCUGCCUUUGAUGGCUGUUGAAAAGUAAGAUGAGAUUAGAAAGGAGGAUUUGCCUCAACCAAUGUGACUCUUCCUGUCAUGGGGCCUGUGCUGGAAACAAAUUUGGGCUGCUUUAUUGGUUGUUUCGUACCGACUGCCUGAAAAACAUGGAGAUUCAUAGCAGAGCGUGUUACAUCGAGGCUUUCUGAAGAAUUAGGCUGUCUUAAAAUCUCUCGUGUAUCUGGAUUUGUUCAUGAAAGGUCUUGAGUACAGCAAAAUGUGUUCUGCAGAGUUAUCACUCAAAUACUAUUGAAAUCACUUAAAGAAACGAGGAGAAGGGAUAAUGAAACAUUAUUUUUUCUGUCUAGAUCCUGAAGUUCCUAAUCUACAAGACCAAGUGAAGCAAACCAUUCUCCCAAAUCCUUUGUGCUGGCUGUCAGUGAAUUCUCCCUCCACUUGGUGGCAGUUAAAGCCAUACCUGGGACCUUGCUGCAAGCUCUCAUCCCUUUUGGAACCACUCUGCAGAGAGCAAGUUCUUUGAUGUGAAAAAGUCAAGGCUGCUGUAAUCUUGCUGUUCAUAUUCCCUGGGUAGCAGAGACACUUAAAUGAUGCCUUGAGUGAAGACAGACACAGUUAUUUUUUUCUUCAAGAGCGUGACGCAGCAAAACCUAUCACCAAUGAAGUAAGAAGACAGACAACACUUGAUAAACACUCAGAUCUCUUAAGAGCCCCUUUAUAUUCUCUAACGUAGCAUCCAUUGUUUUGGAUGUGGUAGAGCAGUAAGUCAGGAGUUGUGAAGUUUGGGGAAAAAUGGCCUGUGAAUUUAAUCUAAACUUCCUUAAGGAAUUGGAGCGAGAGGCUGUUCUGGAAGUCCUGUACCGUGACCAGAGGGUGAGAAAAACAGAGGAAGAAAGAAUAAGGAAACUGAAAAUGCAGCUGCACCAGCUUCGAUGGAAAGGGGCAAGAAAUGUAAGCUACGAAUACCAGGAGAGGUCUUGUGCUCGCUGCCAGAAAUCCCUUGGAUUGCUGAUGAACAGAGGUGCAGUGUGCAAUGGGUGCAGUCAUCGAGUGUGCUCUGAAUGCCGUGUCUGCCUGAAUCCCUCCCUUUGGAAAUGCACUGUUUGUUAUGCUCAUGGAGAUGUGAAAGUAAAGGCUGGUGAAUGGUUCUUUGAGGAACGAGCAAAGAAAUAUCCAGAUGAAGGCAGACAUGAAACAGCUGGUGCAAAGCUCUUGAAAUCUUAUCAGAAACUGAGUAAAAUUUCUGUUGUACCUCCAACUCCACCUCCUUACACUGAAUCCACAGCAGGAAGUAACAUGAAGGAGCUUGGACAGUCUAAAAGUUUUAAUAAAUCUGUGGAAAACUUGUUUUUGUCUCUCACAACACAUAUAAAAAAAAUCUCAAAGUCCCAGAAUGAUAUGGCUGACAGAAGUCUGCUGACAACAGAUUAUGGGCAUAAUGUGGAAAGAAGGAGGCAAAGGAGGAGCCAGUCUGACACUGCCAUCAACAUUACAAGCAGGAAGAAAAGUGCACCCAGUCUUCAAGAUCUCUUCUACGGGGCUCAAAAUGAUAGUGAAAUUCUUACCAAAAGGAAUUGCAAGCAAGAGGAAGACAUAACAACCAGUCCCACAAGUGAUGCAGUUUUCUGUGAUGGAAGGAAACAUGGGAGUUUGUAUAGUCUCAACAGCACUUGCACUGAAUACGGCAACUUUGGCAAAGCAAACGUGACAGGAGAAAUAGAGUUUGCCAUAAGAUACAUCUUCAAAGCUUGCAUCUUAGAAAUUUGCAUCAGGGGAUGCAAGAAUCUGGCUUAUGGAGAGGAGAAGAAGAAAAAAUGUAAUCCGUAUGUCAAGGUUUAUUUACUUCCUGAUAAAUCCUCUCGGAGUAAGCGGAAGACAGCUGUCAAAAAGAACACAGUGGAUCCAGAAUUUGAUGAGACUUUGAAGUACAAGAUUGAGAGCUCCCAGCUGGGAAGUCGGCAGCUUCAGAUCUCUGUGUGGCACGCAGGAGCACUCAAGUACAGGGUGUUUCUGGGGGAAGUGGUGAUUCCACUGGCAGCGUGGAGUUUUGAAGAUAGCUCCAUGGAGUCAUUCAACUGGUACCAGCUCCAGUCCAAGCAUGAAAAGCCUGAAGAUAAUCUUAUUCAAUACAGUGGAGAACUCCUGGUGUCUGCAAGAUUGUCGGUACCAGCCCAGUAUAAAAAUUUCCAGUUUGAAAGGUGGAUGAUGGAAGGAAAAAAAGACCAAGAGUUUUCCACCUGCCAGCUUCAGGUUAUGAUAUUUGGGGCCAGGAACUUGCCUGUGCUGAGAUCUGCUGGAACGCUGAACUCAUUCGUUAAAGGCUGUCUUAUCAUUUCAGACCAAGCAGAGUUGAAGCAAAAGUCACCUGUGGUGAAGAAAGAAGACUGUCCUCAGUGGAAACACUUGUUUGUCUUUGAUGUUACCCCAGCUCAGCUACAGCAGUCAUGUCUACAUUUGACUGUCUGGGACCAGUCAACUUUUGGCUACCGUGAUCAUUUCCUAGGGGGAGCCAAGCUUGGUGCAAAGCCAUCACUUGGUUUUACAGACCCCAUUUCUCCGUCAGUGCUUCAAUGGGAGGAAGUGUUGCGCAGGCCGAACACAUGGAUGGACUUUACUCUUAUACUGCAUUCAAAUAUGGAAAACUUUAAAUCAUGAAGAUAAUGGUCUGCCCUCCCUUCUCAGGGGGUGAUAUUUGGAGUUGGAGUGGUGCAUGUACGUUCUAAGCAUGGGGAGAGGUUACAGAGCAGUACCUACUUCUGUAUUUGGGGAAUUGAGUACUCAAGUUUGAACGGUUGUGAUACUGAAGGCUUUAUUUCUCAAAAAAGCUAAAGCUUUGAUUUCUCACAGAAUCUAAAGCUUUGUUAUCAUACACUUUACCUCUACAAGUAAAGGUUAAUAUUGUUUCUCAGGAGUAACACAAUGAAAGGCAUUAUGCUGACAAGGCACUAGUAGACAGAUGGUAUGCAGCUUUCUCCUUCUGGAUAUAGAGAUACAGUUGUUCAAACACAGAUAAGAAAUAUUGCAUACAGAUAAAUGAUCAUUUUCUUAUUAAAAGAAAAAAGUUACCA